UCCUUCUACAAACACAUGCCUAGUACACUCUCUCAGGUGACCGCUCCAAGCGGCCAAAUGCACAAUACAAGUCAUCCUUCCAUCAAGCGACGCCAUUCCAGCUCUAAUGGAGCACCAAAGAGACAAAGGACAAAGCAAGCGCAAACCAACAAACAGGCAGAUUCUUGCAAUAAAAUGAUGCCUUUGCCCACGUCAGUAGACUCCUUCGAUACCUCAGACCCUGUUACAGAAUACUGGGUGCGUCACGAAGCCUGGCCAAUGAGUUCCUUCAAUAAAAGAACGGCUCGAUUAUUAGCCAAGAGGAAAUCAAUAUCCUCACCCUCUAAGAGUCAGAAACGGAGCUGUUCUCAGCUAAACGGAGCUGAUGAACUAGAUGAUGAAAACACAUCCCCCUAUCGCAGCCCUCUAUAACUGCUGCUAGAAACGCACGGGUCCUUUAUGCGUCCAUCAACGCUGGGAAUUUCAGAAGGCAGCCAUAAUUUAGUGGCUAGUCUCCUUAACGAUCAACAGCCCGUCCCUCAAAAUACCUUGUUCGAUGACGAUUGUAUCGCGAGAACUUGCGCAAAUUUAUCUAACAGAAAUGAGGCAAAAGUCAUUCAAGAUAUAUCAAGACUCCUGGUCCCUUCAGCUGAAGCAGCUGCCUUCAAACAUGAGAGCUUGGGAAUUUUGACAGAAACUGUCUCUGCUCGCUGGACCUUCUCACAGCCACUUACACAAACUCAACCUGCUCCGGAUUAUGCGGUUGGCUUCCGCCACGAUGCAUUCACCAGGCAACAAUCGACAAGAAUGCGCCCUUUCAUUGGGAAUAUAUUUGUCGGCGAUGAAUCUCUAUUCUUGGCAACCGCUUAUCUCCGCGUUCCAUUCCUCACUUGUGAGGUUAAGGGUGCAGGCGGUGACUUACAAGUGGCAGAUCGACAGAACGCACACUCUGCUACUCUUGCGGUGCGAGCUAUUGCUGAAUUGUUUCUCAAUAUUGGACGUGCCGAUGAGGUCAACCGGGAAAUAUUGGCGUUUUCGAUUUCUCAUAAUGACUCUUCAGUUCAGAUAUACGGGCAUUAUCCUGUGAUUGCAGAUGGCGACAUCUCAUAUUUUCGACACCCCAUCCAUGCGGGUUUCUUCAAAAACAAGACCCAUCGAUGGACCUCGUACCGCUUUACAAUGAACGUGUAUACCUAUUGGGUACCUAUGCACUGGGGGCGUCUUUGUUCAGCCAUUGACCAGCUCGCCGAGGUCCCUAGUGAGGAUGAUUCUUCCUCAGCUGCAGAGAGCGAAGCUUUGUAGCUUAAUCGUGACUAUAUCACGGAAUCAACAUCAUUUACUAAAUAUAACUUUACGUAUCGAGAGAAUACUACUAUAGUAUAUUCAAGCUAUAUGUAACGGGCUAGGCCCGUGGAGGUCUCAGGUAACUCUCGACCAGGGACCCAUGUAAGUCAUACAAGAG